GCUUCAAAAGCAGCACAGUAGAGCUCCAGCAACAAACUACUGAAGGGUCUAAGAUCAUGAGUGCUGAAAUAAGUGGGCAAACAGUGCCGACCGGGGAACCGGCAGCUGCUGGUUCAGGUUCAGCUCCCAUUAAAGGAGGGUGGAAAUGCCCAUUGAGUGAUGCCCAUGUUCACAGAGAAGAUGUGAGAAAAGUUUGGAAAGAGUGCCAAGAGGAGAGCUUCUGGUACAGAGCGCUUCCAUUGUCUCUGGGCAGCAUGGCUGUCACCGGUGGUCUCAUCUACCAAGGUAUUUGGAAAUCAUCAAAGCGAUUUGGUCCUUUUCCGAAACUAGCAGUUGCAGGGAUCCUUGGAUUUGCAGUGGGGAAAGCAUCCUAUGUGGGCACUUGUCAGAGCAAAUUCCAAGAGCUUGGCAUUCAGGGUGGACCGGGGAUUGGACCCUGGUCAAAGAGAGAUCACCCUGGUCACAGACACAGGGAGGGCAGACCCUGCCACCAUGUGUGUGAAGAAUGUAAGAAAAAUGCUCCAGCAGCACCAGCUGGACAGGCUUAAAGACUGUGAGGAUGGAUUGUUGGAGAGAUUUUCUGCAUGAAUUCAUCACCUUCUUAUCAAUGUCUUAAAUAAAACUUGUAAACACGUCUCAUUUUAUCAAAUAACCAC